UUUUUAGAAAAAGAAAAGCCAGAGAAUCCCAACAGACAAAACCCAUUACGCAAAGCAAACUAAAACAAAGCAAAGCCUAACCAAAAGCCCCCACUCUUAUCAUAUUCUCUCUCAUUCUCCCUCCUCAUCCUUAGCUGUAGAGAGAUAAACUGUAACAUCAUUUGAGUUUGCAAUAAAUAACUCUGGGUCUCAGCUGACUUGAAUUUUUUUUUUUGUCUACAAACGAAGCUAAGAUCGGAGUACCCUUUUGUCUGAAUUAGAGUUUUCCAUAGGUGGGAAAAACAACAUGGUUGGUAUUUUUUCCAGAUUUUCUGUUGGCAGGGCCGGUCAUCGACGUUCCCAGAGUGCUCUUGAAGAAAGGGAAGUUAUGCCCCCAAAUCCGGAUGUUGCAGCUUCAGCUACGGCUGCUACUGCUACUGCUCAUGGGAUUGAAGUAGCAGUUGAGUUUAAGCCAGUCGAACAUCCGAUUGAGCCUUUGGACAAUGCCCAACCAAUUCAAUGCCCACUGCCUGAACCGUCAAUUCUAAAUGAUGGAAGAAUCUGGAAGGAGCGAGUAUCAGCUAGCGUAAUAAGGAGAGGUGACUUGCCAGUUAUGAAGGACGGAGACAGCCUUGAAUCUGAAGCUACUGGAACAAAACCCCGACCAACUCACUCUAAUCGCUUGAUUUUACCUUCUCUGAGUGCCCCAGAACAUAAUUUCUUAAACCUCCUUGAAGAAUGUAAUGCAUCUGGGAUCUAAAGCCUGGAACUAAAUCUUGGUUAGAGUUCAACUCGGAAUAAUUUGCAUAUAUAAGUUCAAAGUGUAUUUUAUUUUUUGGCACCUAUUUGGUUGAAUAUAUAGAUCAUGGAAAGGUUACCCUCACACCUGUACAUCUAAUAAAUGGCAUCAAAAUAUCAGUCCACUCACCCUACUGAUCUAUUACUCUUCUC